AUGAAGCCAAGGGUGGAAGUUGUUUUUCUGCCCCCUGUGGCGAGUCUGGGGCUGCAUGUGUGCACGCCUGGGGCAGCCUGGGGCCAUCGGAGGGAGCCUGGGGAGCAAAGGAAAGGAGGGAUGAAGCUCAAGUGGAAUGGAGGGAUAGAAAGGUCAGCAGGAGUCUUCCAGGGAAAGGUGUCCGCCUGGGCUGAAAGCCAACCAGAAAGACUCUGUCCAUCUGGAGCAUCUCCCCCUCUUUUCUCCCCCGUCAGUCCCAUCCAGGCCGAGACAACGGGGGUGAAGGCCAGCACCAAUGGUGAUGAUGACCCUGCAGGCCUGUCCUGGGUGCCCUCCUCACCCUCUAGCAAGGACGUGGCGUCGCCUUCCCAGAUGCCCGACGGCUGCUGCGACCUCGGCACGGCCACUGGAGGCGAGGAGGAGGGAGGCGCCGGCUUGCCGUACCCCUGCCAGUUCUGUGACAAAUCCUUCAGUCGCCUGAGCUACUUGAAGCGACACGAGCAGAUCCACAGCGACAAGCUGCCGUUCAAGUGCACCUUCUGCAGCCGCCUGUUCAAACACAAGAGGAGUAGAGAUCGCCACGUGAAACUCCAUACAGGAGAUAAGAAGUAUAGCUGCCAGGAAUGUGAAGCUGCAUUUUCUCGCUCUGAUCAUCUUAAGAUCCACCUGAAAACACACAGCUCCAGCAAACCAUUUAAAUGCUCAGUUUGCAAACGUGGCUUCUCCUCCACCUCAUCGCUGCAGAGCCACAUGCAGGCUCACCGUAAGAACAGAGAGCAUCUUGCACUAAGAAGUGAAAAGGAUGGGGGGAAGAAGGGAACAGGAGGAGACGUUGAACUGGAGCAGGAUCUGUACAUGUGUGAUUACUGUGAGGAAACGUUCAGCCAGACGGAUGAGCUGGAAAAACACGUCCUGACUCGACACCCACAGCUGUCUGACCGAGCAGACCUGCAGUGCAUCCACUGUCCAGAGAUCUUUCUGGAUGAGGCGUCGCUGCUCACUCAUAUUGAAACACAGCACGCCAACCGGAAACACAAAUGUCCUGUCUGCUCUGAGCAGUUCCCGUCUGUGGAGGACGUAUACUGCCACCUGGACAGUCACCGCCAGCCCGACUCCUCUAACCACAGCGCCGCCAGUCCAGAUCCUCCCCUCGGGAGCGUAGCCUCCAUGAGCUCGGCCACACCAGACUCCAGCGCCAGUCUGGAGAGAGGCUCCACCCCCGACUCCACCCUUAAACACAGUCAGAGUGGAGAACGCAGCCGUAGGAGAGGCGUCGAUUCUGGGGAAGACGGGGGCAUUAGCCUGGUUCACCAAGGCUCAGGAGGAAGUUGGACUAAAGUGACAUAUUCCUGCCCUUACUGCUCAAAGAGAGACUUCCACAGCCUGGCCGUGUUGGAGAUCCAUCUUAAGACCAUCCAUGCAGACAAACCGCAGCAGAGCCACACCUGCCAGCUCUGCUUGGAAACUCUUCCGACGCUCUACAACCUCAACGAGCAUGUGCGAAAGGCCCACCGUGCCAGCGGAGGGAGCGUGGGCUCAACAGCGGCAGCAGCAGCUUUUCCUCUGCUUCAGUUCACAAAUGUCACUGCGUUUCACUGCAACUACUGUCCGGACAUGUUCGGAGACAUCAACUCCCUGCAGGAGCACAUCCGAGUGUCCCACUGCCUGCCGGGUGGCAUCGUGGCGGGAUCCACCACUCUAGAGGGGAACCAUGCCUUCUUCUGCAACCAGUGCUCCAUGGGAUUCCUCACAGAGUCCUCCUUGACGGAGCACAUUCAGCAAACGCACUGCACCUCGGCUACGGGCGGCGGGGCGGCGUCUGGAGGAGCUGUGGCCAAACUGGAAUCCCCCGUUCUCCAGGCUGCGUCUCAGUCUUUCAUGGAGGUUUAUUCCUGCCCUUACUGCACCAAUUCUCCCAUCUUUGGCUCACUCCUCAAGCUCACGAAGCACAUCAAGGAGAACCACAAAAACAUCCCUCUGGCGAACAACAAACGGCAGGCGAAGGUUGCUGACCUCAGCCCAGCCUCCUCCGACGUGGAAAUCUCAUCUCCCAAACGCCACAGACUGGGAGGCGAUUCCACUCCCUCCAUGGGAAGCAACGGGGAUUAUCCGUGCAAUCAGUGCGACCUCCGAUUCGCUAGCUUCGAAGGUUUCCAGGCUCAUCUGAAGUCUCACCUGGAGAUGCUGCUGAGACGCCAGUCCUGCCCGCAGUGCAACAAGGAAGACUUUGAGACACAGGAGGCACUGCUCCAGCACCUCACAGUGCAUUACACCACCACGUCUACGCAGUACGUGUGCGAGAGCUGCGACAAGCAGUUCUCCUCCGUGGACGACCUCCAGAAACACUUGCUGGACAUGCACACGUUCGUCCUGUACCACUGCACCCUCUGUCAGGAAGUCUUCGACUCCAAGGUCUCCAUACAGGUGCAUUUGGCUGUAAAACACAGCAACGAGAAGAAGCUGUUUCGCUGCACCGCCUGUACAUGGGACUUCAGGAAGGAGGCCGAUCUUCAGCUCCAUGUCAAGCAUAACCACCUGGGCCAGAGGUCAGGCCUUCCAGGAGGACUAGCAGGACUUAAACCACGAAAGUGCAUCUUCUGUGGGGAGACGUUCGGGACUGAGGUGGAGCUCCAGUGCCACAUCACCACCCACAGCAAGAAGUUCACCUGUCGCUUCUGCGGCAAAGCUUUCCACGCCAUCUCGCUGCUGGAGCGACACCUGCGGGAGAAGCACUGCAUCUUCGAUGGCAGCAAUGUCACCGGGAACGGAGGAGGAACGGGGAGCAGCGGGAGUCAGAACGGAACGCCCAAUGGCCUGGCUCAGAGCGUCAAGCGGGGAGGAGCAGGAAGUGGGGUUGCAGGAGGAGCAGAAAGAGCAACAGUGGCAGCUGCUGAACAAGCCGACCUGCAGAACAUCCUGCUGAAGAGCGCCGUCACUGGAGGAGGGGGGUCGUCGCAGGCAGGCGACACAGCCAACAGUCACGAGGCCAGCGGUGGAGAGGAGGAGCUGGACAAUUCGGAGCCCAUGUACGCUUGCGACAUCUGCGGAGCGGCCUACACAAUGGAGUCACUGCUGCAGAACCACCGCCUACGCGACCACAACAUCCGGCCGGGCGAAGAUGAUGCAGGUUCCAGGAAGAAAAAGGCAGAUUUCAUCAAAGGGAACCACAAGUGCAACGUGUGCUCCAGGACAUUCUUCUCUGAGAGUGGGCUGCGUGAGCACGCUCAGACGCAUCGCGGACCUGCCAAGCACUACAUGUGCCCCAUAUGUGGAGAACGUUUCCCAUCUCUAUUGACUCUCACAGAGCACAAGGUGACCCACAGUAAAAGCCUGGACACGGGGACCUGUCGGAUCUGUAAGAUGCCACUCCAGAGUGAGGAGGAGUUCAUAGAGCACUGCCAGAUGCAUCCCGACCUCCGCAACUCGCUCACUGGCUUCCGCUGCGUCGUCUGCAUGCAGACCGUGACCUCAACGCUGGAGUUGAAGAUCCACGGCACCUUCCACAUGCAGAAGCUCUCCUCUGGCUCAGUGCUGGGAGGCGCCGGAGGCGGCAACGGUGGAGCGGGCACAGGGAACGGUUCAGCCUCUUCUUCCCCGAACGGACAGCUGCAGACGCACAAGCUCUACAAAUGUGCCUUCUGCUUGAAGGAGUUCAAAAACAAAGGGGAUCUGGUGAAGCUGGACGUCAACGGGCUGCCAUACGGCCUCUGCGCUAGCUGCAUGAGCCGGGGAACAAAUGGCCAGAGUCCCAAUGUGGUUGGAGGAGCAGUGACGCCUGGAGAUACUCAGGCAGAUAAGGCUCUGACAGGGCUGAGGUGUCCCGAAUGUGGUGUGAAGUUUGAAAGCGUUGAAGACUUGGAGAGCCACGUCCAAACAGAUCACCCUGAGGUCAGCCCUGAAACCAGCGCUGCAGGAAAGAAGGCUGAGGCUUCACCUGCACCCAAGAAAAAGACCUACCAGUGUAUUAAAUGCCAAAUGACGUUUGAGACGGAAAGAGAGAUCCAGAUUCAUGUGGCUAAUCAUAUGAUCGACGAGCCCACCUGUCAGCAAGAGGAGGGCAUCAAUCACGAGUGCAAGCUGUGUAACCAGAUGUUCGACUCACCUGCCAAGCUGCUCUGCCACCUGAUAGAGCACAGCUUCGAAGGCAUGGGAGGAACCUUCAAGUGCCCCGUCUGUUUUACAGUGUUUGUGCAGGCCAACAAGCUGCAGCAGCACAUCUUUGCCGUGCAUGGUCAGGAGGACAAGAUCUAUGACUGUUCCCAGUGUCCACAGAAGUUCUUCUUCCAGACAGAGCUCCAGAACCACACACUGAGCCAGCACGCGCAGUGAGACCGGGGCCCAGUGGGAUCCCUCAGCUCAGCCGCGCCCCCGACCCGGAGCCGGCAGGGGACCCACAUCUCCACAUCACAGCCAAUCAAAGUGUCAUUUGCUACUCACAUGUAAAAGUGUAACGAUCGCGCGACUGGGCGCGGCCAUUAGGAGCAGCGGGGGGACGGAAUAUUAAUGGGAAAUGCUAUUAAAUAAAGAAAAGGGGAAAGUGGGAGAGGAAAACUGUAAGAGCGACGUGAUGGGAGGAGAAGGGUGAACAAAGGUAUUGUACGUGCAGUAUUUUUUAUUGUCCCUUCCAAAACCCCCUCCUCCCACCAGCCACCAUCUGACUCAUGCUUUUUAUUUUAUUUUCCAACAAACUGAAUAAAAAACAAUUUUUUUUAUUAUACUUUUGGUAGAUUGUAGGAAAAGCAUCGCUAUGUUGUCCCCUCAGUUGCUUCUUGUGUUCAUAAGUCCUAUUUUUUUUUUUAGCUUUUUGCCUUUAUUUUCAAUAUUUUAUUUUUUGCAGUUAGUAGGUACUCGUGCUGUGUUGUGAUUGCCAGUCGUAAAAUUCCUGACCCCCCCACAAGCAAACUUUCCUUUUUAUGAUUGUUAUAUAUUUUCUUCCUUUUGUAAUUACUAUUAAAAAAUUCAUGAAAACAAAAAUAAAGUGCAGGAAAAAAACGUACAGAUCUUUUCUUUCUUUUUCUGCUCUUUUUUUUUAUUUGGGAUUUCCAGACAUGGGGCCUGUAAUGGUUACUGUAAAAAUAAUUAUCAAUGAUUUCAGUGCGUCUGGUCCAAGACCAGUUUUUAAAUGUGAAUUAACCAGAUUGCAAUAAUCUAGUACAGAAAAAA